CGUUGUGUGCACGAUAGUCACGUGGUAUCCUAACAACUUCAGGAAAGCGGUCGUCUGCACCAGCAAUUCUUCAAUGAGUCAAGACAGUGAGGUCAGUCUACCAUUGUCACGCCCUUAUAUCACCAACGCUCCAGGAAAAACCGUUUACGUCUACGCUGUGAUAUUACGUGAUCAUGUCCUCCACUUUGAUAUUCAUCUGUUUACGACUCCAGAAGGAGACGACAGCGGAAUCGCCCUUCACAUCAGCGUUCAAUCUGCUGAAAACGCUGUCUUUUUUAAUUCUAAAAUCGACGGUGUGUGGGGUGAACAGCUGAAGGCAGAUACAUUUCCAUUCCAAACGGAAGAAAAGUUUUUGCUCACCAUAGCAACCACAGAAGAAACUUAUGAGAUCAAAGUGAACGAGACACAUCUUUAUUCCUUCAAGCACAGAGUGCCGACACAAGAGGUGAAACGCUUUGGCAUCAGUCAGCAAUCAGGAGAUGAAGGCUCAUCUGUUAAGAUUACUCAAGUGCUAGUAACAGGUUCGUGGACUCUUUCCGAAUUAAAUGGUGAGGUAAUCGUAAUGGAAAGCAGAGUUUCAACUGUUUCCAAGAAAUAUUUAAUGGUCAAAGGUGAUCAAACAACUGUUGACACUACGGCUAGCAAAAGUCAAAAGAAAGCUAGAUUUACGAUUACUGGUAAACAAAACCCGUACAGCUUAAGAAACAAUCAAUUCACUGACAGGUUUUUGACAAUCAAAGAGAAUCGACUUUACGCAUAUGCUGAUAGCGACUAUGCUAAGUUCCAAGUCACAGAAGUCAAUGAAGGAUACUACAGUUUUGAGUCUAACGAAACUAACGGCUUCUAUAUUGGAGUUAGCCAAUCUGGAGAUAUUGUAACACCAAACCACGUUACGGGCGAAGAGUCUAAUUUCUACAACGCUUACAAUAACGACGAGACAUCUGGUUAUCGUCUCUGCACAAUCAUGUAGAGAACUGCAAAGGACAUCGGUUGACAUCUAGUUUGGAGCGCGCGCGUGCGCAUGUGUGUGUUUGUGCGCGUGCGCGUGCAUGCGUGUGUUUGUGUGUAAAAUGGUUUGCGAUAUUUUAUGUUGUGCUGUUCAGACGUCUAUGUAUAGUUUGAUGCUCAGACUAGUUUUGUGUGCGCUUUCUUCGUAGUUGUAGAAAUUAGUAAAUCUAACAUCUGAAUGUUAAAA